CAGGCACUGCGGUAGGCGCCUCCGGGUCCGGCAGGACCCUGUCCCCAGCAUGGCGGCGCCCAGCGAAGUGGCGGCGGCAGUGCUCGGUGAAGGCGAUGGCGCGGGCUUUGGAUCCUGGCUGGACGGACGGUUGGAGGCGCUGGGAGUGGACCGGGCCGUUUAUGGCGCUUACAUCCUUGGUGUCCUACAGGAGGAGGAGGAGGAAGAGAAGCUGGACGCCCUGCAGGGUAUCCUCUCUGCUUUCCUGGAAGAAGAUUCUCUCCUUGAUAUCUGUAAGGAAAUUGUGGAACGAUGGUCAGAAACACAAAAUGUCACCACCAAAGUAAAAAAAGAAGAUGAGGUUCAGGCCAUCGCCACCUUGAUUGAGAAGCAGGCACAGAUCGUGGUGAAGCCCAGGAUGGUUUCUGAAGAGGAGAGGCAGAGGAAAGCCGCCCUGCUGGCCCAGUAUGCUGAUGUGACAGACGAAGAGGACGACACAGAUGAGAAAGACGACCCGGGUGCUUCGACAGCAAACGCCGGUUCUGACAAAUCUCUCUUCCGAAACACCAAUGUGGAAGAUGUUCUCAACGCUCGGAAAUUGGAGCGAGACUCACUUCGGGAUGAGUCCCAAAGGAAGAAGGAACAGGACAAGCUGCAGAGGGAGAAGGACAAACUAGCCAAGCAGGAGCGCAAGGAGAAGGAGAGGAAAAGGACCCAGAAGGGGGAACGCAAGCGAUAACCUCGGCCCACUCCCUUCCUCCCGCCCAUGAACUGAUUGUGCGUCUGUGUAUUUAAGAGAACUGAGACUAAUGCAUUUCCCCAAAUUUCCUAAGGCUUUCCCCCUUUGUUUACAUGUUCAAAAGGAAAAAUCACAAUCACUUGUAACAAAAUGUGCCAUGUUUUGGUGGUGUGAGCAAUCAAUUAUAGUUAGUAUCUUUACCAAAGAUCUGGAAUUAGGGUAACUUUUCUGUUUUAGUACUGAAAUCCUGUGUUCUUCUGGCUUGUUUUUUUUAAAAAAGGUCUUCCCUCACUUUGUAUAAUUAGCCAGAUUCAGAAAGCUAACAUCCUGAAGGAAACAUGACCAUUCCUUCUGAGAUUUAAAAAAAAAAAAAAAAGAAGAAGUAUAAAUUGCUCCCUUGGCAAUAUUUGCCUCAAAAUGUAGUGGUUUUUGCUUUGAAACAGGGUUUCUUUCAUUCUGUAGUCUAGGCUGGCCUUGAACUCGGUGCAGUGUCCUUGGCUAAGUUUCUCAGCCUUAGGAUUAUGAGCAUAAACGGCUACACCUAACUUGUAGUAGCAGUGUUUUAUGACUGAAGUAGCUAAUGAAGAGCCCUACAUAAAUCCAGGUUUUAUAAGGCAUCACAUUAGGAAAGCGCAAGAUGGCAUUUGGGGUGUGAUAGAUCCAGUCUUUUUUUUUAAUGUGUCAGCUUGGGCUCAAGCUGCGGUUGUGUUGAGUGUCCACUUAGCAUAAAAGGCCCUGGGGUCGAUCCCCAGCAGUGAAGGAGAACUUAACCUAUGGAGAGUCAAGUGUCUUUUAAAAUAGAGAGCUACAUACUUUUCCUGUAGUCUGUGACCUUAAGGAGGAUAUGUCAGUUUGGGGUAUAAGGUUAUCAUUGUUAGCAAGAUAAAUCAUGAGUUCCCUUGAAUCCCCUUUUGAUUUUAAUCUUGAUUUAUUCUGCAGGCAUGUCCAACCUUUUGACAGUGUGACAUGACUUUUUUUAAAACUCGAAAAAAAAAUCAUGUUUUAAAAGUAAGUUUAUGAUUUUGUGUUAGACUGGAUUUACGCUAUCCUAGGCCACAGGUUGGACACACCUGCAACAUGAGUAUUAAGACCUAAUAAUUCCUGGUUUAGAGAAACUGAAGGAAUUACUUUUUUAGAGAAAAACACUGGAAAUUUUGCUAACACAGAUACUUAAGUGUGUAUAUAGUUGGUGGUUAACAAACUUACGGAAUGAGUGAGUGGAGUCAAGGGUGAGCAGAAACUCCAGUUCUGCCUCUCUACAGCCACGUCCAGUUGUAAAUACAGUCCUUCUGUACUUGACUUUGGGCAACAGCUAUCAAAAGCCUCAAGAGAACAAUUUCUCUGACAAGAUACAAUAGAUAUUUUAUACCAGGGGUUAGAAGACUACCACUCACAGGCCAUGUUUGGCCCAGUCUUUUUUUGUAUGGGGCAAACUAAAAUGGUUUUUUACAUUUUUAAAAGGUUAUAAAAGAAAGACUUUCAUGAUUGAGACCAUAUGUGGCCUAUAAAACCUAAUAUUUACUAGUAUUUGGAGAAAGUCUUCUGACUUGUUUUUGUAUAAUUAGCUACCUUUGUGCAGAAGCAAAAAAAAAAAAAAAAACAUGGUUAAGGAGAUAAUGCUGCCUCUUUAUCCUACAACCAUGACAUUGUAAAAAUAACCACCUUUUUCUUUUUUUAAAUAAACUUUAUUUAAGUCAG